AUGUCGUUGAAUCAACUAAGUCCAAUUGCUCAAGCAGAACAUGAGACCGGAACCACCACUAAACCACCAAAGUUGAAAGGAGCAGAAGAUUUCGGUACUUGGAAGACUCGUAUCCAGUCGUUCUUCGAAUACACGGACUACAAUCUGUGGCUCUCUGUCACCGCUGGACCCCACAUUCCAACGGUUGUUCGAGGAGAUGCGGUAGUUGCCAACAAUGAUGCAACUACCUUCACUGAUGAAGACAAGGCCCUAAUCCAACGGGACUGUCAUGCACAUGCCGCCUUAACCAUGGCUCUGUCAACUAAUGACUGUAACAUGUUUGAAAAAUACAGAACAGCAAAUGAACUCUGGCUCGCUUUGAUCGAAUAUUACGAGGGAAACGAAGAGCUGAUUGAGAGCAAAAGAAUCAUGGUUCAGAAGCAAUACGACCUGUUUUGUGGAAUUCGUGGAGAAAGCCUUUCCGAUCAUAUCAGUCGCUUUCGAAAUAUGAUGACCAAGAUGAAGAAGGCAGGAAAUCAUAUCACUAACCGUGCUGCCAUAAAGAAGCUUUUAGACUCACUUACAAAGGAAUGGAGCCUAAAGUGCAUGAUGAUCAAAAGGGAUUUCCUCAACAAUCCAAAUCCUGUCACUCUAACCGAUUUGAUCAACACUUUGAAGGAUUUUGAAAUGGAUGUUAACAAACGAGAAAUGAAUACGACUGGUUACACCCCAAAGCCUGCUCAGACUUCUGCAGGAUUGAAGAACGUGGCACUUCUUGCAUCUGAAGGUGUCAGUCAACAUGCUUCAGACACAACUUACUUCAACGCUUCCGCAAGCGCAUCAAAGGCUCCACGGUCCAAUGAAAAGACAGUUGUGCUCGGUGACACUCAAGCUAAAGAGAAUGCUGAAGCAGAGGAACAAGUUCACAAAGCACUCAUGGCAAAAAUCUCGAGCGAUUCUUUAUCUUCAUCGUCAAAACCUACCGAGAAACAGGCUACGGGAAUCCCAAAAGGAGAUGAUGCUACCGACAAGAGUAUGAAGAGUAUUCUCACUUUCUCCGAGCCUGAGAAAGACAAGAAGGUUGAAGAAGCUGUGAAGGCCAUAGAGCAGGUUCAGAAAGAAACAACUUCUGUGAAGGAAGAGAAAGCGAAAGCCUCAGCUGUGGCCAUGAAAACCGAAUCCUCAAAAGAAAAGGCAGACAAGGAUUUGGGCCAUGUGCCUACAUUUGAGACCCGUGAUCGUGAACAUGUUAUGUCUGAAUGUCAUGAUUUAAAUUCUGCAUUUUGUAAUGAUAAAAUUGUUUGUGAAUCUCCUGUAUUUGUGCCAGAAUUGAAAAAGAAUAGCUUUGGAAAAUUCCUCACAGAGGAAAUUCCAGAAUUUGUUCCAUUUAGAACAGGUAUGACAGAGUCAGAAAAGAAAAUCAUUGAAGAUCACUGCAAUGAAGACUCAAGCGGUGUUGCCUCAGAAGAGGAAAAGGAGACUUCAAGUCCUAAGGAUGAGCAAAAAUCAGAAACAUCAAGCGAAGGUCGAACAACAGAUGGUGAAAGCCCUGAAUUUUCAAGUGAAGAAACCUCGAAAACCACAAGUGAAGAUCAAACAACAAAUGAUGAAAGCUCCGAAGGCUCAAGUGUUGAAACAAUUGAAGACCAAGAUUCAGAAAGUUCAAGCGAAGAUCAAAGCUGCAAUGAUUCAAGUUACGAAAAUAAACUCCAGAAAUGGUUUCGAAUGCUCAUGAAAUAUAUCUGGGAUGUCGACAACGGAUGGUCAAGACACAUGACAGGCUUAAAGGAACUUCUGAAGAAUUUUUGUUUUAUUGAUGGUGAUUACGUGUCAUUCACUGGAGAUGAAAAGGGAGGGAAGAUCGUUGGAAUAGGAGAUGUUGUAUCUGAAGCACUUACUUUGGAAAAUGUCAACUAUGUUCCAGAAUUGUGCUACAAUCUCAUGAGCGUAUCACAAGUCAGUGAUAAAGGAAUAUCGGUGCCAACGACAUGGAAUGUUUGUUUCUCAAGCCUGAAUAUGUCGUUCCUGCAGAAAUGA